GGAUAUUUGGUCCCGAUCCUACUGGUUCGUCACUUGCUGAAGAAGGGUCUCGACCCGAAACCUCGCCUAUUUCCUUCGCUCCAUAGAUGCUGCCCAGAUACUGCUCCACUAGUAUCUUUGAUGCCGCCUCACCCGCGGAGUUUCGCCAGCAUUUUUGUCGACCGUCACUCAGACGUGGUCCUUGCCCCAUCACACGUCACUCCAGCUUGGCCCCGCCCCGCCCCGCGGUCCCCUCAACCCCAGGCCCGAACCACAUCCGCGAUUGCUUUCCUUGCAACAGGUGCCGCUUGUCCCGCUGAGUGGCCCCAGCAUUUUCCGUUUUUAUUGUGUUUUAAACGUUCUCCUGGUCAAAACAUCUCCGCGCACAGGCCCCACCCGGCUCACAGUCACAGCCGCCCUUGCCCCAGGCAGGUUCAACUCUCAGCAGCGACCGGCGUUUAUAAACACUGUCUUCCUGCAUUCUGGCCAGAAUCGAUCCUAUUAGUGAUAUAUUAUUUUAACCCCGCCCCGCUCACUCCCAGCAAUUAUCCUUGUGCUACGAUGCGAUUACAUUGCUAUAUUUUACGUGAUCCCUGACACAAGCGACCACUAAGUGGCACUUUUCUGGCCUUUGGAAGGACAAGAUCCUCGGGUAUCGGGUGACAAUUCAGCUGCCAUGUCUCAGAGUGUGUUGGCAGGAAUGGAGAACUCAGCCGUGACUGUGCUGAAGAGGGCGAUCGAAUUGGACAAUGAAUCCCGCUUGCCAGAUGCAUUGGUUUGUUAUCAGGAAGGCAUCCAUCUUCUGAUGGAAGUUCUGAAAGCUACAAAGGAAGAAGCUAAAAAAGUCCAUUAUCGAAAGAAGAUAGCAGACUACAUGGAUCGAGCAGAAAAAAUUAAAGAACAACUGAAUGACCUCAAAGAAAAAGGAAAAUACCACGAACAGAUCAAAAUUCCAGAUGAUGCUACGGGGUUUUGUUAUGAAAAAUUGUUCAAACCAUACUUGGAUUCAUUUGUUACUGAGGUCUGGGUGGAAGAUCCAUAUAUCAGGCAUGUUCACCAGGUGUACAACUUCUUGAAAUUCUGCGAGAUGCUUGUAAAAGGACCUUGCAGUGUGAAAACUAUCCAUCUGCUGACUUCACUUGAUAAUGCUGGUAAUGUGCAGCAGACCAGCGGCCUAGAGGAAAUAAAACAGUCAUUGCAGAGGUACAAUAUAACGUUGGAGGUGAAAUACUCCCCUUCAAUACACGAUCGAGAAAUCAGAUUCAACAAUGGGUGGAUAAUCAAGAUUGGAAGAGGAUUAGAUUACUUUAAAAAAACACAGAGCCGAUUUUCCAUUGGUUACUGUGAUUUUGACCUGAGACAUUGUCACGAAACUACAGUAGACAUUUUCCACGUCAAGCAUACAAAGAAUACAUAGCUUGGAGCAAUGACGAUUCAGAUUAUUUUAUUACUAUUAUGUUAUGUCACUGAUAAUUUAGAUAUUUUGUAAUAAAGUUACUAUUACUUGAAUGCUUGGCACACUGAACUUGAGUGUUAUCAAAAAUAAACUGAAAAUACUAAACCUAACAAUUCAGCAGGGUUUUUUAAAAAUGUUUAAUAUUUUGGUAUACAAUUGUUUUUUUGUUACAGCCCCAUGUUAACUUCAGUGUAUGACUUCUAUAUACACAGUGCAGGACCAGUAAGGUAGAGAACAAUACAUUUUAAUAAGGGGUACUGGGUUACAACAAUGCUGGAAAUUAACUACAUGCUGUUCCUCAUCCGAAGCAUGAAUUUCAUUUGAUAUACAUUCCCAUGUCAGCUUCACACCACUUGCACCAUACAAAAAUAUUAAAUACAUAUUCAAUUAGUUUACUUCAUACAUGCUGUGACUUAAAAGUAAUAAUAAUGCCCACAAUUUAUAUUCUGUCAGGUCUUCAAAAGGUUCAUAAGUGGCCUGUAUUCUCUUUACCACCCAAGAUUGCUGUAUUGUCAGUUUAAUUUUCCAUGUAUCGAUUUCUAAUAACAACAGUAAACAUAUCUACAUAAACUUCAUUUUUCUGUAUGGGAAAAAAAUGAACGUGGACACUUACGAUUUUGAAAAAUCAGAUUGGUAUGAGAGUCAUUACCAAUAGCUUUUAAAACAAUUUUAACGAGAGUACUGGUUCAUACCUCAAUGUAGACUUGUAAAUUCAAAGGUAAAUUGUUUAAACCAGGCUAAGAAAAUACAUUUGUGAUUUUCCAAGUGGCCUUUGAGUUAAAGCUUCUAUAUACAAAAUCCUAUUUUUAUUUUUAUCAAUCAUUUGUCCAGAGAAAAAUAACAUACAAAUGCUGAGACAAAAACCUACCAUUUAAAAAAAAAAGUAGUAAGAAGUCAGGAUGUCACACAUAUUUUAAGCAGUCCUUGAAAAAUUAAGUUUAAUUCAAAAGUGCCAAUACUUUAGCAAUGUUUAUGCAAUUCCUACUAUAACCAAAAGCUCUGCAAUAGCAGCUCAUCAAUACUUAAAGUUAGCAGAGGCAUAGCCACAACAAAAAGUUUUUAAUCCAUAUUACUGAAGCUAGAGUAUAGAUAUUUAACAGAAUAUGCAAAAGCCAUCAUGAUCAAACAGUCGGAAACAAAUGCAGGAAAGCUACCAGAAAAGACCAGCCUCUUCAAAGCUCUGCAAUGAUCAGCCCAGAGAGCAAUUCAUAGCAUGCUAUUUUAAUCACUAUUAACUACAUGUUCAUUCUCACUGGGAAUAUUACACAAGUAUAAUGAGGCCCAACAAAUCAGUUAGAUUAUCACUUUAAUGCUUAAAGCAAAUUGCACCUCUGUAUUGCAAUUUUUCUAUACAAAGUGUAUACAGUACCAUAUAAAGUCUAUACAGUACUGCAUCAUGGGUAUUAAGAAAUAUACUAAUUUGUUCAGAAUAAAUUGUGAAAAUUACUGUGUACAAACCUUGGGAUUUAUGAAACUCUUCAACCGAAGCAUGAUGCUUAAUAUUUAUGUAUUUCUUUUAAAAUUAAAACAAUAAGUGUAUUAUUAGAAGUUUUAUUUUCAAGGCUAUACAUUUCUUUUGAAACGUGUUGAACAAUAUAAAAAAUGCAUUGUGAAAUUAUACAAUACUAUAAUAAUUGUAAAUGCUGGGGCAAAAAUAAAGCAUUGGAAUUUGCUAA